CGAAGUCUCCCUAGGCUCUGGGGUAUCUGCGGUGGCGAGGCCCGGGUCCAGUUUGCCCUCGCGUUCGGUGGCAAAUAGUAGGGAGAUGGGACAUCUCCCGAAGUGCUCGCCUGGGAAAGCGACUAGGCGGGACAUAAUUGGCAGCCUGGGACCCCCAUCCGGCGGCAUUCCAUGUUUCCAUGCUUCAUGAUCCGUGGACGCGUUGCCCAGUGAAGGCCCGGUGGUGUCCAGCAUGGCCAUGCUGCUUCUGGGCUUGGUGCUGCUGGUGGCUCAGCCCAGGCUCCUGCCUUCUCACCCUGUCACCUCCAGGCUCGAUCCUGGCCAGCAGAAGCUUCUGCGGAAGGCAGGGAGCUUCCAGGAGGACCUCGGAGCUGUGGUGACCAACGGCUCUACCCAGCGGCUGCCACAGACCAUCAUCAUCGGGGUGCGCAAGGGCGGCACCCGGGCCCUGCUGGAGAUGCUCAGCCUGCACCCGGAUGUGGCGGCCGCGGAGAACGAGGUCCACUUCUUCGACUGGGAGGAGCACUACCGCCAGGGCCUGGGCUGGUACCUCAGCCAGAUGCCGGUCUCCUCCCCGCACCAACUCACUGUGGAGAAGACCCCUGCCUACUUCACGUCGCCCCAAGUGCCUGAGCGGGUCUACCGCAUGAACCCGGCUGUGCGGCUGCUGCUCAUCGUGCGGGACCCGUCGGAGCGUGUGCUGUCCGACUACGCACAGGUGCUGCACAACCAUGUGCAGAAGCGCAAGCCCUUCCCGCCCAUCGAGGCACUGCUGGCGCGCGGGGGCCGCCUCAACCCCGACUACAAGGCGCUCAACCGCAGCCUGUACCACGCGCACCUGCGCGCCUGGCUGCGCUUCUUCCCGCUACGCAGCAUCCACCUGGUGGACGGGGACCGCCUCAUCCGGGACCCCUUCCCCGAGAUGCAGAAGGUGGAGCGGUUCCUGCAGCUGGCGCCGCAGAUCAAUGCCUCCAACUUCUAUUUCAACAAGACCAAGGGCUUCUACUGCCUGCGUGACUCGGGCCGCGACCGCUGCCUGCACGAGUCCAAGGGCCGCGCGCACCCGCGCCUGGACCCUGAGCUCCUCCGCAGGCUGCGGGAGUAUUUCCACGAGCCCAACAAGAAGUUCUUCAAGCUCGUGGGCAGAACCUUUGACUGGCACUGACUUGCCACAAGCCAGGCCGGAACUUUUCCUAUCUAACUUCUGGUGUACAUCUGAGGGAUAAAUAAAAUUUAAAGGGCAUUUAA